AUGUUCUCCAUCACCCACCAAUUCACCACAACACUCACAAGCUUCCCGUCUAGAUCACACCGGCACGGCACCUCUUUCCGCUCCUUCUCACUAUCUCCGAUCAAAGCCAGCACCGCCGGCGGCAAUGGCGUCAACGACGAGGGAAGCGAUCCGUCUCCGCCUGCCCCGCCAUCGAGCACGGUGGGGAUUCGGUUCCGGAGAGGGUCCAGAAAACGGAGACAGCAGCGUCAGCAGGAGGAGGAGGACAGGAGACAGGGAAUGAAAGCAAAACCAGCGCCAAAGGACUGGGAUUCGAUGAGCCUUAACGAGAAAGCCGUGGAGUUGUACAUGGGGGAGAAGGGUGCGCUAUUCUGGCUCAACAAAUUUGCGUACGCCUCCAUCUUCAUCGUGAUUGGUGGAUGGAUAUUGUUCCGGUUCGUGGGUCCGUCCCUCAAUCUUUACCAGCUGGACACGCCUCCCCUGGCGCCACAAUCCAUGUUCAAGGGUUCAGAAUAG